AUAUUCAGAAUUAACUUGACUUGUCAUAUAUCAUGUACAAUGAUCUAUAGUGACGAAAUCAAUCAAUCAAUCAAUAACAAUAACACCAAGGUGCCAAAGGGUACUAAGGACAAUGUACAGUGCAAUGGUCUCCACAUAUAAUAAGUGUUACCUGAUGAUGGCCCAUGUGUGGCUUAACCAUGUAGCAGCGACAUUGAAUGUACAUAGUUAAUGACAUUUUAAAAUAUUAGCAAGCACAUUUUAGUGAAUCAAAUAUAUUUUAGUGUCUUUUAAGAAAGGAUUGACUUUGUUGCAUUAGAGAUGGACUACUUUAUAAUUUAAAAUAAUUUACCUAAGCAGAAAGAAAUUCAGAUUAAAAAUUCUUAGCUGUGAAAGAUUUUCACCAGACCACUGCAACCCCAUAAGCUAUUCGUGGGUCUGAGAAAUUCAUCAUUAAUUUAUCACAGCACAUUCUCACAGAGUCGGAAGAAUCAGAACUUAAGAAAGAGCUUAAUUUUGCAGUAACAAAUAAUGUCCAAUUUUGACAUGGUAUGUAUGGCUGAAUGUGCAAAGUCCAACUUCUCCCUGCCUUGGGUAUGAGUUCUAUUGUAGGAUUUGAUGUGUGUAGGAAAAAUCAAAACCAUUGACGUCAAACAUAACUAGGAAGGAAUCUAUGAUGAUGAAAUCUCUUAAAGAUAACAAGGAAAUAAAAAUUAUACAGGCUGACAUAGGAAACUGCACAGUAGUGUUGAAUGAGUCCACAUACAAGGAAAAGAUGUCCAGUCUACUAGAAUCAGGGGUUUAUGAAAUUCUACAUCAUUUUGCAAUGUCUCAAAUUGAAAAGAAGAUAUGGUAGGUUCUUACCAAGCACAAAACUGUCCGUCCUGCUACCUUGAAUUGUAAACUGAGACCUUACCGUAGUAAACCACUUCUCCUUGAUGGACCUCCAAAGGUACACGAACCUGACAUUCCACUUAGACCUGUAGUUAGCCCUGUUGGCUCUCCGAGUUAUUCUGUAGCAGAUUUUCCCCAUAAGAUCCUGAGCCCUCUGGUUGGCAGUACAGACUCUUCCUUGAAGUACUCGGAACACUUCAUAAAAUUAAUACAGGCGGUUAACCUUCAAAACGAAGACUACCUUGUAAGUUUUGAUGUUGUCUGUCUAUUUACCAUUGUACCAGUGGAAGAAGUCUUACAGGUCAUAAGAAAUAGACUCAGUAUGGAUCCUUUUUUCUCCAGAAUGUUUACUUUUGUACGUUGAAGACCCAAGAAUUAUUGGACAUCUGUUCAGUGACUGCAUACUUACAGUUUGAAGAUAGAUUAUAUUAGCAAAAUGAAAGCAUGGCAGUGGAAAAUUCACAAUCUCCAGUGGUCAGUAAUAUAUUUAUGAAAUGCUGAGGAAAUAGCACUGGAUACAGCAGACCCCAGACCCAGUAAAUGGCUCAGAUGCGGCAACGCCACAUUGGUACAGUGGCUACAUGGACCAGCAAUAAUGCAGCACUUUCAUCAUCACUUCUUCAGCAACCUUAGACAUAUCAUGAAAUUCACAAUGGAAGUUGAAGCUAAUGAUACUCUUCUGUUCUUGGAUGUCUUGGUCAUGAAGAGGAGUCCUAAUUUGGCCAUGAAAGUGUUCUGGAAACCUACUCCUAUGGGUCAUUAUCUGUACUUCAAGUCCAACCACCCACUUCACAUGAAAAGAUUUCCUGUGAGGCUGUACACUACUGGCAUAACUAUGAAGGGUGUCAAACGUCAUGUAAGUGAAAUCAUCAAGUCGGCUGAAGAUAAGCGGUUAUAUCGUUGUCUGGAACUGCAAAAUGACAUGAAAGUGCUGCUUAUUAGUGACAGCAGUACGGAUAAGUCUGCAGCAUCUCUGGAUGUAAAUGUUGGUCACAUGAGUGAUCCAUCUGACUUGCCUGGUCUGGCACAUUUCUGUGAACAUAUGCUGUUGGGGACAGAGAAGUAUCCUUUGGAGAAUGAGUACAGCAAGUUCUUGUCCGAACAUGGCGGAAGUUCCAAUGCCUGUACAUAUUCAGAUCACACUAACUAUUAUUUUGAUGUUAUGCCAGAACAUCUGGGGGGAGCAAUAGACAGGUUUGCACAGUUCUUCUUAUGCCCUCUUUUCACGGAAAGUGCAACAGAACGAGAAAUGAAUGCUGUCAACUCAGAACAUGAGAAGAAUAUUUCCAAUGAUUCCUGGUGGCUUGAUCGGCUAGAGAAAUCCACUGCAAAGAAAGAUCAUGCAUUUAAUAAGUUUGGGACAGGAAAUAAACAGACUCUAGAUAUUAUACCGAAGGAAAAGGGAAUUAAUGUGCGUGAAGAACUGUUAAAAUUUCAUGAUACGUGGUACUCGUCCAACAUCAUGGCACUGGCAGUUUUAGGGAAAGAAAGCUUGGAUGAAUUGGAGACGAUGGCUGUCACGCUGUUUUCGGAUGUGAAGAACAAGAAUGUCACAGCCCCUACAUGGACUGAGCAUCCAUUUGGUCCUGAGCAGCUUCAGAUGAAAGGCUACAUUGUUCCAGUAAAGGACCUCAGAAAUCUUAACAUCACAUUCCCUAUACCAGAUCUGCAGGAAUAUUAUAAAGCAGGGCCAGCCCACUACCUGGGCCACCUCUUUGGUCAUGAGGGCCCUGGAAGUUUGCUGUCUGUGCUGAGAACAAAGGGUUGGUGCAACAGGCUUGUGGGCGGUGCUCGUACAGGCUCGCGAGGAUUUGCCUUUUUUGGUAUCAAUGUUGACCUCACAGAAGAAGGGAUUGAACAUGUGAAUGAUAUCGUCAAACUCGUAUUUCAGUACGUGAACAUGUUGAAACGAGAUGGACCGAAGGAGUGGAUUUUUCAAGAGUACAAGGACAUUGGGGCGAUGCAUUUCCGGUUCAAAGACAAAGAAUCUCCUAGAAGUUACGUAUCUGACACAGUACAUAAUCUUCAUGAUUAUCCAUUAGAAGAAGUACUGUCAGGCUAUUACCUCAUCAGUGACUGGAGACCAGAUCUUAUAGAGAUGGUGCUAGGGUAUCUUACUCCUGAAAACAUUAGGGUUGCAGUCGUUGGACAGAAGUUUGAACCUAUAGCGAGUGAAGUGGAGAAAUGGUAUGGAACAAAAUACAAGCUGGAGAAAAUAGCGGAAUCAGUGCUAGAUGAAUGGAGGGGUUCAAACUUAUGUGAUGAUCUAAAACUACCUCCAAAGAAUGAGUUUAUUCCAACAGACUUUGAUUUGAUGCCGCAGGAAGAGAAUGCACCAACAUACCCAGUUAUUAUUCAGGACACACCACUGUCCCGAGUGUGGUUCAAACAGGACAAUGAAUUUCUUCUGCCAAAAGCAAACCUGAGCUUCGAAUUUGUAAG